CCGGCCAUGUCUGCCCGAGUGUGGUUCGUGACCGAUCGCAGGAUCCUGCGGGACUAUCCGCAGCAGGAGAUCGAGCGCGCGCUCCGGCAGAAGUGCGCCGAGGAGGAGGAGGUGGAGUUCCGUAUGGUCUUAAUGGAUGAGAUUGUCAUUACCAUCGAGCAGGGAGGCUUGGGUCUGCGAAUCAAACAGGAGUCAAUAACCAGCUACCCUCAGGUAGUGGUUGUCAGAGUUCCCACCCCCUGGGUGCAGAAUGACAGUGAUAUCACAGUACUACGGCACUUGGAGAAGAUGGGCUGCCGCCUGGCCAAUCGUCCUCAGGCAAUAUUAAACUGCGUCAACAAGUUCUGGACGUUCCAGGAGUUAGCUGGUCAUGGAAUACCAUUACCAGAUACCUUCUCUUACGGUGGGCAUGAAGAAUUUUCAAAAAUGAUUGAUGAAGCAGAACCUCUGGGUUAUCCAGUGGUGGUUAAAAACACUCGUGGCCAUCGAGGGAAAGCUGUGUUCCUGGCACGUGACAAGCACCACUUGUCUGAUUUAUCGCACCUGAUCCGACAUGAGGCACCAUAUCUAUUCCAGAAGUACGUGAAGGAGUCUCAUGGGAAGGACAUCCGUGUGGUUGUAGUGGGAGGCCGCGUGAUUGGCGCAAUGCUGAGAUGCUCCACUGACGGCCGGAUGCAAAGCAAUUGCUCUCUGGGAGGUGUUGGUGUGAUGUGUCAACUGAGUGAACAGGGCAAGCAACUGGCAAUCCAAGUCUCCAAUAUCCUGGGCAUGGAUGUAUGCGGCAUUGAUCUCCUUAGAAACGACGAUGGUUCUUUCGUGGUGUGUGAGGCCAAUGCCAAUGUGGGCUUCAUAGCCUUCGACAAAGCCUGCAACCUUGAUGUGGGUGGCAUCAUCGCAGACUAUGCUCUUUCGCUGCUGCCCAGCAGACUGACCAGGAAAAUGUCCCUCCUCUCUGUCGUGUCGAGCGCUAGUGAAACUAGCGAGCCCGAAGUGGGCGCCCCAGUUAGUGCAGUCCCCGAGAGUGUGUUCACCAUGAGUGUAGGAUCCAGUUCUAGUGAGAGUGACCCCGAGAUAGUGGAGGUCAGGGAUUCUGCCACUCCUGUCUCCAUGUCCAUGCAUACCACACUGCCCGAACCAGGGUACAACAUGAACAAUCUCAUAACGCCUGAAUGAGUGAGGCUGAGCGGGAGCAAGCACACUAACAGGCAGGCUCGCCAUUUGAAACAUUCCACUGCAGAACCAAUCGCUGGAGAGCCGAGAAGCAGCCCUGUCGCAUUCCCCAGGCAUGAGUAGAGCUAUACAUAUGUAGUUAGGAAUGAAAUUUAACUUGUAUUUAAAAUAUCAAAAAUUGUUGAGUUUAUACUUUACUGCUUAUAACUAAAAGCUCAGUGUUCUUGUAAUAUUGGGGAGGGGAGGGUCUUAAAAGUGUAUAUUGAGACUAUGCUGUGUGUUCAAGUGUACUAAGCUACAGCUGGGAAAUGUGAAUUUACAGAAGGGUUUACUAACUGCAUUUCUCUGUAGAACUUUGACUGUUUGCAGUAAGGUUGGUUGUGCUGUUGAGACUGAGAGUAUGUGUGUUUGCAAAUGUGUUGCGGCUGAGUCCAGUAUUAUUAGGUUGUUGAGGCUGAGUGCUUGUUGAAAUGUCAUGUUAAACAAAUUAGCGAAUGAGGGUGAGUGAGUUGAGAUGUAAGACAGUUAUCCAACAGAGGAUCACUGCUGGUAAACUGUUUAUCUAAACCUAAGGUUCGAAGCCUAUUUAGAAUAUAUACAGUACAGUGUUUGUUUUAAUUUAUUUUCAAGGGAUAAACUAUUUUCAUUUGAUGCACCUUUUCUCAUUCUGUCCAGUGGUUGUGUGACAAUUCACUUCCGUUUUCUUCUAGGAGAGGGUUAGGGUGAAACACUGGGCUGUAUAUAUUGUGAUGGGACUGAAUAAGAAAGGAUGCAGCUCAGGCUUACUUGUAAUGAGUGCACUUUGUUGCUGAGCUGCUCACAACAACAACAAAAUGACAUUCAUAUCGCGCCUUUCAUGUCGGAAGGACAUCCCAAGGCGAUCUCUUUGCAUCAGCAGCUCUUGGGAGUUGCUACAAAAACACUGAUUGUGACAUUUUUUAACAAUGCAAAAUAAAACUGGGGGUAGUUUUUUUUCAAAUAAACCAUUAGAUCCUUGGGCUCAGUUUGGAUGCAAUUGACACAUAGCCAGAUGAUUUUAAUAGAUCACCACUAGUACCUUGUUAGGUAAGGAUUUUUUUUAUAGACCUGUUCACCUCAAAUUUAUCUACCAACCUUGACCUUUUCCAACCGGCAGCUAGAAUUACAAGUUUAUCAACUGAAAAUCCUCCACGUGUGUUUUUGUCACGUGAGGGACUAUUUUAUAGCCUUUAUGGGAAAUGAAACUAUUUUUAAAGUAUUGGUUUUUGAAUACAUUUCUCCUGGGCAUUGGGGGGUGGGGGAAUUGAAGUUGAGUUGCCUCCUGCUGUGGCACUUGUUCAUUUAACAGGUAAGUGACUUAGCUCUGAAGUGUAAAAAAACAACUACAGACUUAUUCAGCCAUUUGUGAUCAGUGUCCAAUACUACCCAUCAGCCCAUUGCUUUUGGUAUUAGAGCACAUCUGUCCCUCUGCCAAUUGUUUAGCACUAUUUUAUUGUGUGUCAUAGAUUUGAUGUGUUUGAGUGUGCAUGCGUAUGUCAGUCAAGCUUGUACAAAAUUUACAAAAUGUGGUUAAAUUGUAUGUGGUUUGACUUCUGAUGUCAACCUGGAGGACAAAUAGGAUUCAGAAUGCAUGGUAGGGGUUUCAUGACUAUUGGGUAAUGAGUGUAUGUUCAGAUCGUAGCCAGAAGUAUUCCAGCUUACGUUUCCUCAAUGUACCUGGGCUAUUUAUGUGUAGCUUGCUUCAGUCUGAGAAAUAGUUGUGAACAGAACACACCCUUUUCAUGAAUCUACCUGGGUCCCAGGUUCCUAAACUCCUAUCUGUAGUUUUGGUGAGGUUAUGAUUGUGGUUUUUCUAAAAAAAGGCUUGGUUCGAAGGGAGGAAGGAGGCAUUGGGGGCUCAAACAAGCUAUGAGAAUAAAAUAGUUCUCCCCCAGUGAGAGUGCUGCUGCAGCAGCGAAACUAGAGACUAAACUCACCAUCAUCUAUGUUCAGGGUCAGCAGAAAAUGUGGGAUUUUUAAAUUAAUAAACCUGCUGCUCUCCCACUUGCAACUUCUUAUGGCCAUUAACACGUACAUAUAUAAUUAUAUGAUCAUUACAGCAUGGAAGCAGGUCAUUCGGCCCAAUAUUAUUGGUAAUAUUACUAAUACUAUUAAUAUUGUUAAGCAAAUUAUGACUUGCAUCAGUAACGUGUGCUGCGCUACAUCUACUCACCGCCUGUCAUUGCAAAGCAUCGUAUUGUGUGAAUUUCCCCCUAUUGCUCCCACACAAACUGCCAUAUUAACCUGCUGAAAGUGGUAGUUCUGGCAGAGAAAUGUGAAACAUGUAUUUGCCAGGCUUUUUAAACAUCCCAACCAUGAAAUGUGAAAUAUUCCACUUUAAACCACACUGAACCGUCCCAGCCCCUAAUCCACCCAAACAGUGCAGACUACCACCUCUUAUUUAGAUUUGAUGAAAAUCUUUCUGAAAAAGUAGUUUGAUUUUUUUUCAUUUUAAAAAAAACUCAGCUUUGCCUUUACUUGGGAGUUUUGGAACAAGUGACUAAUGUGUAGCAGUCUGGAAGUGCAAUGGUCCCUACCAAAUGGCGCAAACUGACCGAGUGCCAGUGAAACUGGACAAUUAACUACUUGAAUAACUUGUCGGAAAGGCAGGGACCUGCUGUUACUGUAACAUUGAUCAUGAGGAAUACUGUACAUAUACUUCUGUUUUAAUUUUUUAGAAUGUAAUAAAAUGAUUCCUAGCGAUUAAAACAAUGUCCUAAGAGAGUCGAG